UUACUUGGAUGGGGGCGGGUUCAAAUACGAGUGGAAGCCAUCUUGAACGGUUGGUUGACAAGACUCUUUCGUAGUCAGCUAGAAAUUGAGUACUACGCGUAGGAAGCCGGUUAUUUCAGCUAUCCGAGGGUUGAAGAAACUUGUGAAAGGACGCAGCGGCUCAGUGAAGCUAAACAAGACGGCUAGCUAAACAGUCUGCCAGUACUUGAAAGCUAGCUUAGCCCUGGUGUAUGGUUUUCGAUAAAUAAAAAAAAAAUGGCAGAUUACAUCUAUGCUAAGACCUAACUUGCUAAAGAAAUCCAUGUUUAGACGUUAUCUAAAAAGAGAGGAAUUUGUUUUUGACACUUGAUGUCCCAGAAACGACAGUAUUGUCGAGGAACCUGCUGAGACAAAAAAAACAUUUGAAGAUUUACAUUUGGAUAACUAUUAAAGUCUCAAGAGGGAAGGACAAUCUUGUGCUUUGAGUGGUCCCAGCAGAGUGGGCUUACUUCAUUUCGAGACUGUUCAAUUCUUAUUGAAACUGAAAAGUAAAGCUCCGUAAACAUGAGUACCACCAGGACGGAGAACCCAGUGAUUUUGGGCUUGUCCAACCAGAAUGGACAGCUCAGAGGCCCAGUGAAGCCUGCUGGAGCACCAGGUGGAGGUGGAGGAGGCCCUCUACUACAGCAACUUAAUCAGAUGAAAGGCACAAUCAACAAUGGUAACUCCCAGCCGGCCCCUACAACAAACGCUGUCAUAAAGCCUGGAGAUGACUGGAAGAAAAAUUUGAAAUUGCCCCCAAAAGACAUGAGAAUGAAAACUUCGGAUGUGACUGCAACUAAAGGCAAUGAGUUUGAAGAUUAUUGCCUAAAGAGGGAGCUGCUAAUGGGAAUCUUUGAGAUGGGCUGGGAAAAGCCAUCUCCAAUUCAGGAGGAAAGCAUUCCCAUUGCACUGUCAGGAAGGGAUAUCUUGGCCAGAGCUAAGAAUGGCACGGGAAAGAGUGGAGCCUACCUCAUUCCCUUACUUGAACGCAUUGACCUGAAGAGGGACUGCAUACAAGCGGUGGUCAUAGUGCCCACCAGAGAACUGGCUCUGCAAGUAAGCCAAAUAUGUAUCCAGGUCAGCAAACACAUGGGUGGAGUCAAGGUAAUGGCAACCACAGGUGGAACCAACCUACGUGAUGACAUCAUGAGACUCGAUGAAACGGUACAUGUGAUCAUUGCCACUCCUGGGAGGAUUUUAGACCUCAUCAAGAAAGGGGUGGCUAAAGUCAAUCAAGUGCAGAUGGUCGUUCUAGAUGAAGCUGACAAACUUCUGUCUCAGGACUUUGUGCUUAUGAUGGAGGAAAUGCUGGGCUUCCUGGCCAAACAGAGGCAGAUUCUGCUUUAUUCUGCAACCUUCCCUCUCAGCGUGCAAAAGUUUAUGAAUGCACACUUGCAGAAACCCUAUGAGAUCAACCUGAUGGAGGAGCUUACACUGAAGGGUGUGACUCAGUAUUACGCUUAUGUAACUGAAAGGCAAAAGGUCCAUUGCCUUAACACCUUGUUCUCCAGGCUCCAGAUCAACCAGUCUAUAAUCUUCUGCAACUCCUCUCAGAGAGUGGAGCUCCUUGCCAAGAAGAUCUCCCAGCUCGGUUAUUCAUGUUUCUACAUUCAUGCCAAGAUGAGACAGGAGCAUCGCAACCGUGUGUUCCACGACUUUAGAAACGGCCUCUGCCGGAAUCUUGUCUGCACUGACCUUUUCACAAGAGGAAUUGACAUUCAAGCUGUGAAUGUUGUGAUCAAUUUCGACUUUCCCAAGCUGGGAGAAACGUACCUUCAUCGCAUUGGUAGAUCUGGCCGCUUUGGACACUUGGGUCUGGCCAUCAACCUCAUCACUUACGAUGAUCGCUUCAACCUGAAAGGGAUUGAGGAGCAGCUUGGGACAGAGAUCAAGCCCAUCCCUGGCAUCAUUGACAAGAGCCUAUAUGUGGCGGAGUACCACAGUGAGAGUGGCGAAGAACUCAAGCCAUGAGCCAAUCGUCCAUCAUCCAUUCCCCUUUGUAUCUUUUUUCAUCCCCCGUCUUGGAGUUCUCUUGUGUUUUUUAUUUUAGUUUAUUUUCUUUUUUUAAUGUACAGUUUCUGUUUGUCUACCUUUUUUGGAUGCCACCAUAAGGAAUGUGUAUUUUGAUGGACGCGUUUCGGAAGAACUCAUUUGCCUUUUUUAUAGGGCUCUGUGCUGCUGCACCACCACACCCUGAAGACAUAAGCACCGGGAGGAAAGCACGGGACCAAGUUGAAAAAAUAUAUCAAUGCACAUUGUGAAGAUUCAUAUCCACCGAUGACACAAAGCCAGCACCAACAGACCGCUACAUGACACCCCUCCAUUUUCCGUGUUUUUAUUUUGAAAGUUUUAACCAGUUUGUAUAAAGUGCCUUAACAAGCAGUUCAACUCGUUCUAAAGUAAUAACCCUCCAUUAGCCGCCAUGCCGCUCACUUCAUACCACACACGCACUCACGUUCACCUAAUUGAAAAUUGGUACCGCUGAUUUAUGUCGGCUCACAUUGGUGAAUUCAUAACUGUUUUCGGUUGGAUCAUUCGUUCGCAAGGAAUGGAGAUAAUUAGGAGGGAGGCUGGUCUGAAUUCUCUUUCUGCUGGCUAAGCUGCACUUGAGUCUGGCUGCUAAAUGAGGACAAACUUGGAUGUUCCAUGGACAGAAAUGCUGGAUAUUUUUCCAAGACAGACAGCCAGACUGUCCAGUUGCUUGCGAAGAAGCAUGUGCUUCUAAAAGACCCAGACCCUUUCCUCGGUCUU